CCGGCAAGGCCCCCUCCGGCAAGGCUCCCUCUAGCAGGGUCCGCUCCGGCAGGGAGCCCUCCGGCAGGAUCCCCUCCCGCGUCCUCUCAGGCCCACGCCUCGCAGUGGCUGGCAUUCAGGCACUUGCCUAAGACUGCCGCCCAGGCGCCCAAGACUAAGAAUCUCCAGCUGAAUCCGGACAACUGUACUUUCGUGCCGUUCACGCAGGCGGUCCCGGUGCAGGUGGACAUGGCCAUGGCCCUGCAUCGCGUUCGGAUCGCGGAGAAGUAUGGGAAGAACUACCUCUGCCUGCUGCAGGCAGUCUUCCUCGCAGAAACUGGACUGCUCCUUCAGUUAAAGGACAUCAAUCAUUUCCUAAUGCAAGACAUUGCCUUCCUGUCUGGGGGCCGGGGAAGGGACAAUGCUUGGAUCAUUACAUUUCCAGAAAACUGUAACUUCAGAUGCAUACCAGAGGAAGUAAUUGCAAAAGUACUCAAUUACCUGACUUCUAUUGCAAGGCAAAGUGGAUCUGACUCCCGAUUUACUAUCAUUCUGGAUCGAAGAUUGGAUACAUGGUCUUCCCUCAAAAUUUCCCUCCAGAAAAUCUCAGCCUCUUUCCCUGGGAGCUUACACUUAGUCCUGGUUUUGCGUCCUACCAGUUUUCUUCAACGGACUUUCACAGACAUUGGAUUUCGAUUUAGCCAGGAGGAUUUUAUGCUGAAAUUACCAGUUGUUAUGCUGAGCUCAGUUAGUGAUUUGCUGACAUACAUUGAUGACAAGCAGUUAACCCCUGAGUUAGGCGGCACCUUGCAGUACUGCCACAGUGAAUGGAUCAUCUUCAGAAAUGCCAUAGAAAAGUUUGCUGUCACAGUGAAAGAUAUGGCUCAGAUGUUGCAAUCCUUUGGAACAGAAUUGGCUGAAACAGAGCUACCAGACGAUAUCCCUUCAAUAGAAGAGAUUCUGGCAGGUCGUGCUGAAAGGUAUCAUCUGUUGAAGAAUGACUUAACUGCUGUAACCAAAGAAGGAAAAGUUCUGCUCACGAGCCUGCAAGUGCCUGACACUGAAGAAACUGUCAGUUCAAGUCUUGAAUGUCCUCAGCACAUAAAUGGUGACUGGCAAACUAUUAAAAAGUUGCUGGCUCAGGUGCAUGAUAUGGAAACUGCUUUUGAUGGAUUUUGGGAAAAACAUCAGCUGAAAAUGGAGCAGUAUCUGCAGCUGUGGAAGUUUGAACAAGACUUUCAAGAGUCUGUGACUCAAGUUGAAUUUUUAUUAAGUCAACAAAGAGAACUGGGUGAUGUAACAGGGAACUUAGCUCAAGUAAAACAAAGACUUAAAAAAAUAGAAAUCUUGGAUGAUAAAUCACAGGAACUGUUAGCCAAGGCCCGCGUUGUGAUCCUACAUGGCCACAAGCUGGCGUCCAAUCACCACUAUGCACUUGAUUUGAUCUGCCAGAGGUGCAACGAGCUGCGCUACCUUUCCGAUAUUUUAGUUACUGAGAUCAGGACAAAGCGGAUCCAGCUGAGCAGGACUUUCAAAAUGCACAGACUCCUACAGCAGGCACGUCAGUGCUGUGAUCAAGGGGAAUGCCUCCUGGCUAACCAGGGAGUGGAUAAGUUUCAGACUAAAGAAGAUGCUCAGAAAGCCCUUCAGGAUGUGGACAACUUCCUUCAAAUGUCUAUGCCUUUCAUCAGUUAUGAUAUUGAAAGCCUGCAAUAUGAAUUUGAUGUGCUCCUAUCGCCUGAACUCAAGGCUCAAAUGCAGAAUAUACAACUAAAGCUUGAAAAUAUACGAAGUGUAUUUGAGAGCCAACAGGCUGGUUCUAAGAGCCUAAAAGAUGCACCUGAGGGGGCCGUCCAGACUGUGAUUCCUGCACCUGAAAAUGUGAUGAGAUCCAGAACAAUAUUCUUUUCUCCUAAACAUGUGAAAAAGUCCUGGAGACAGAUUCAAGUUCAGAGCAAUGUGAAAAUCGAAGCCAUUCAGGAUAGCCAAGAGAAGAAAUCUGAUCAGUCUCCCAAGAUGGACAACAGCUUGGAUAUUUUAAAGAACCAUGUCCUGAAUGAGCUGAUACAGACAGAGAGGGCGUAUGUUCGAGAGCUGUUUACUGUUUUGUUGGGCUACAGAUCUGAGAUGGACAAUCCACAGAUGUUUGAUCUUAUGCCACCUCUCCUGAGAAAUAAAAAGGAUGUUCUCUUUGGAAAUAUGGCAGAAAUAUAUGAAUUCCAUAACAACAUUUUCAUGAGCAGACUGGAAGAUUGCUUUGAUGCUCCAGAAAGAGUGGGACCUUGCUUCCUGGAAAGGAAGGAUGAUUUUCAGAUGUAUGCCAAAUACUGUCAGAAUAAACCCAGGUCAGAGUUAAUUUGGAGGAAGUAUUCUGAAUGUGCCUUUUUCCAGGAAUGUCAACGAAAAUUGAAACAUCGACUUGGUCUGGAUUCCUAUUUGCUCAAACCAGUCCAACGGAUCACUAAGUAUCAGUUGCUUUUAAAGGAGCUUUUAAAGUACAGCAAAGAAGGUGAAGGAACUACUAAAUUAAAGGAGGCACUUGACUCAAUGCUGGAGCUGCUGAAGUCAGUGAAUGACUCCAUGCAUCAGACUGCCAUCAAUGGCUAUAUUGGAAAUAUGAAUGAGCUGGGCAAGAUGGUUCUUCAAGGUGCCUUCAGUGUUUGGCUAGGACACCGGAAAGGUGCUACAAAAAUGAAGGAUUUUGCACGGUUCAAACCCAUGCAGAGACACCUUUUCUUGUAUGAAAAGGCUGUUAUGUUUUGUAAGAGGCGUUUUGAAUCUGGAGAAGGUGCUGAUAGAUACCCAUCGUACAGUUUUAAACACUGCCUUAAAAUGGAAGAAGCUGGCAUCACAGAACAUGUGAAAGGUGAUAACCGCAAAUUUGAAAUAUGGUAUGGUGAGAAGGAAGAAAUUUACAUUGUUCAGGCUCCAAAUAUUGAUGUGAAGAUGUUAUGGCUAAAAGAAAUAAGAAAAAUUUUGUUGAAGCAGCAGGAACUUAUGACUGCUAAAAAACAGCAGAAGCAGCUUCCUCCCCAGCAGCAUAAUGCCAAAAGGCAAGAUGAACCUCAUUUAAAGGCCGUGAGAGCAGGAGCAGAAAUGGAACAAGCUGGUCUAGCUCAGGCAGAGGCAGACUCCGCACCCUGGAAUGCGAUGUCAUCAUGUGCAGAAGGCGCUGCCGCGACUGCUGAACAUCCAUACAGCUCUUUCUCUCCUAACAAUGACAAUGGAGAAGACAGACCACAGAUGAGACACAUGACGGAGCUGUCAAUCCACUUGUAG